AAUAUCCAAAGAUCUUGUCUCCUUCCUCUUUCCCAUCCAUUUCCAAUCUCAUUUCUUAAAAUUAUUACCCCCCCAAAAAAAAAAAAAAAAGUUCACAUAUAAAGCUCUCUGCAUCCGAUUAAUUUUCUAUUGCAGAGAGAGAGAGACACGGAGAGAGAGAGGGGUUGAAGAUGAAGACCGGAGCAAAGUUCAUAGUUCUCCACCCUUCACCUCACAAACAUGGCGUCACGGCGGCUUCUCCUCGUAUUCUGCUGCUCCUUUUGGUCUCUUUCUUCACUUUCGCGUUUGCCCUCACGUUCUUCUCCGGCAGGGACGCCGUUCCGGCCGCCGGAGCAGCUGCCGCCGCCGCUGCCAAGGCUGAGUUGCCGAAGCCGGUGCUUGAGGCGCUUCUCCACUACGCUACGGUGAAUACAACGUUGGUGUCGGGGCGAAUGUCGCCUGCGGAGGUGAACAGCAUCUCCGCCGCGCUCCGCCGGUGCGGCGGAAGCGGAUGCAACUUCCUGGUUUUCGGGCUCACCCACGAGACCCUUCUCUGGCACUCGCUCAACUACAACGGCCGCACGGUCUUCGUCGACGACGGCUCUUACAGGGUCUCCAAGUUCGAAGAAGACCACCCGGAAAUCGAAGCCUACGACGUCCAGUUCACCACGAAGGUGAGCGAAUUGCCGGAUUUAAUGGCGCACGCGAAAGAGCUUCGCAAAACGGAGUGUCGGCCCGUCCAGAACUUGCUCUUCUCCGACUGCAAAUUGGCCAUAAACGACCUCCCGAACCAACUCUACGACGUCGCUUGGGACGUGAUCUUGGUGGACGGGCCGCAUGGGUAUUUCCCGUCGGACCCGGGGAGAAUGUCGGCGAUUUUCACCGCCGGAGUCUUGGCCCGGAGCAAACCAGGCGGCGCCGCCCAGACCCACGUCUUCGUGCACGAGAUUGAUAGAGAAGCGGAGAGAGUAUGCAGCGAGAAAUUCUUGUGUAAGGGAAAUUUGGUAGAAUCUGUAGAUUCUUUAGGGCAUUUUGUGGUAGCUAAAAUGGAGGCUAAGAGUUAUAAGUUCUGUAACAAGCCGGAAUCUUCAUCGUCGUCUUCUUCCCCUUCAUAUGCUAACGAAUGAGGAUAUUCGCCGCCGUCAACAUCUCUUUUUUUUUUUUUUUUUUUUUUUUUUUUUUUUUUUUUUUUUCAUUUAAACCUUUUUCAUAUGUACAAUCUGUAAGUUACAAGUACCUUCAAACUUCAAAGUUUGAUUUAAGUAUUCCAUGAAAUUAUAUGAGAAUCCAAAAUCAAAUUUUGCUUCCAA